GGCCCCGACACCGGGCAGCGGCCGCGGAGAUGACAGAGGCGCCUCCACAUCAGCAGGAACGAGUUUCCACUUCACAAUCCCGGAAUGCGAGACCAAAGUUUCUCUUCCCCUCCGCUCAGCCCCGACCAGUGAGAUUUGUCUACAGAGGACCGAAGAAUGAGCAGCACCGUGUUCCUGGCAACUUGAGAAUGCAACCUGCACUUUGGAGUAAGGAAGAUGUCCUGCACUGGCUGAAAUGGGCUGAGAUUGAAUACUCACUGCAUUGCAGCGAGGAGAGCAAAUUUGAAAUGAAUGGAAAAGCUUUAUGUCUGCUCACUAAGGACGAUUUCCGCUAUCGCUCACCCAGUUCUGGUGAUGUGCUGUAUGAAAUACUUCAACUGCUCAGCAGUCGGGAGAAGCCAACGCAGAGCACUCUAUUCCUGAACCCAGCCUCAAGCCUGACCAUGCGUACGCCACACAUCUAUGAACACAGCUCCAUGCACACAGCAAACAUCCACGCACAGAGCAACUUUGAAGAUGGUCAGAGGAAAAUGCUGCAAGUCAUGAAUGUAACAGCCAGGGAUAAGGAGAGGCUCCAUGCACUAAAUCAGCCCACACUGCUGUCUCUGCACUCAAUGGGUAACGCAGAGCAGCCUGAGAAUAGGCACUGUGAGAAACCAUUGAACCUCUCCAACAAAUCACUGGGGGAUUCCAGGCAAUACCUGCUGGAAUCCACCACAUCCGCACAGCAAGCACCCACCAACGGCAAAAUAUCAGAUUGCCGGCUGCUGUGGGAUUACGUUUACCAAUUGCUGUCCGACAGUCAAUACGAGCCUUACAUCAAGUGGGAAGAUAAGGAAACCAAGGUCUUCCGUGUGGUGGAUCCCAACGGGCUGGCGAGACUGUGGGGCAGCCACAAGAACCGAGUAAACAUGACGUAUGAGAAGAUGUCUCGAGCACUGCGGCAUUAUUACAAGCUGAACAUCAUCAAGAAGGAGCCGGGACAGAAGUUGCUUUUUAGAUUCCUGAAGACUCCAGGAGAAAUCAUCCAGAAGCCGGAGAAGUUGGAGGAGCUGGAAUCCCGGGAUCAGGAUGGGCCAGAAUUCAAAGACACUUUUGAGCUGUCUCCGCUCAGCUCCCAAUGACAUUUAACCUCACCUGUGGCACCUACUUCAAGGCACGUCUCAAAACCCUCCUCUUUUACCGCUCUUUCUGUC